CGGUUGCCGAUAUUUUCAGUUAUUAAUUUUGGUCACAUUGCAUUGCUAAAUUUAAUGUAUUUUAACAAUUCGCAUGAAAUUCAACAAAUUCUACACGUUUUCUAAGAAUAGUUACUACUAUUGGCCGAAAUAAGCAUUGUAAAUUGUUGUUGUCAAGUUAAGAGGCGGCGACAUGCUGGACAACGACACCAGUAACAACAACAACAACAACAACGGCGGUAAUCCACAAAACCUGCCACUCGGCGACCUGAAGUUUUCGCUUUCUGGGCAGGAUGGUGUCCGGAAAUAUGUGCCAGCACUGGACGAGCACUGGGUGCGCCGAGAGAAGCCCUUUGGCAGCUAUAUUUGCCUGAUGAGUUCGUAUGGCCGGCUGAAAUCUGGAGCCGCUUUGGAAGAGUGGACCUUUGCGGCGAACAACUGUCGGCAGGACAUGGAGUUCCUGCUAGGCUUAAGUCAGCACGAAUUCUGGUCGUAUAUGGUUUACGAUGAGUCGGCCAUGGCUGCCGUUGUGACAUUCCUGCAGCGCUCCAAUCCCUACUACAGACAGUCAGAGCCCAGCGAGGCGGAUAGCCAGGAGAGGGCAAGGGAGUUGCAAUCGGCCAAUGAACUUUACGGCCAGCUUCUCGAUCUUGUCGUGCGUCUGGUGCUGCGCCUCUCCACAUCCAAGGAGUCGGACUCGGAGUGGAUCAGCCCGCAGCAGCACAGUAGCCUGUUGUACAGCAACUACCUAAUUUCGGUGCCAAUGAUCUUUGAUCUGAUAAUUGCCGUUGGCGAUGCGGAGCCCUCGAAUAUGGAGCUGCUGCGCCAGAUCGUUGGAAAUGUGCUGCGUCUGCAGCCGGAGUACAGAAAGGACCUGAAGGAGGCGCUCCUCUUCUACGAAAGCGCCUUCCUUAGUAUGCAGAUUCAAGUGGAGAACGAGGGCUGUGAGGGCGCCGGCGGUGGCGCUCCAUUAGAUGCUGACCUGGAGACGCCCUACGACGAUGUCGUGCUCUUUGCAUUGGACUGUGCCUACACGCUGCGCAUGCUGCUUCUUCUUUGCCCGGAGCUGGUGGAGGUCAUCGAACAACUGCGACUGGUUCAAAGCAUUGCCAACUUUUAUGAUCUGACGGUGCCGAUGCUAUACAAGAACAUCUACAUUGUCAAUCCUCUAGCCAAUUCUCUUCGCUGGCUCAACGAGACUCGCCAGCAGUUCCUCUUCGACGUCCGUCGUGUGAUCACAGUUCAAUUGGCGGAGGGACGCGGCCAGCAACUGGUAGAACUGCUUCAGGAGUGCCUCUCGGCCCAGGCCUUUGUGGUAGACUACCAGCGGCAGUUUCCCCUGGAACAUGACAUGGACCUUCUACUGCAAAGGUGCCCGAAUAUAAAAAACUACAAGGUCGACUUUGUGAUAUCCGGCUAUCAAAAGGCUCUGAGUAGUUGUCCUAGCGGAAUCAUGGCCGAUGAUAUGGCCAGCAAUCUGGAUUCCGAGCUGGACGACGACGACGAAGACGAGGAGAACUCCUCGCCCAUUUCCACACUGGCCUCGCCGAAUGCAAAUGGAGCAACGCGGGACCUCGAUUUGGAGGUGGCCGCCGUGCUGGACGUGCUGCCCGAUCUAGGUAUUGGUUUCAUCCGUAGCCUGCUUACACGCUACGACAAUAGCGAGCAGGCUAUCGCCGCCAUUCUGGACGACAAUCUGCCGCCUGAUUUGGCGCAAAUGGACCGACAGAAGGAGUAUAUUCCGCCCGAUCCGCAAGACAAGCUCCAGCGUCAGACGGGCGUCCGUCACUACAAUGUCCACGAUGGCGACCGCUAUGAUGUGCUGACGCGCGAUCAGCCCGAGUGCGUAAUAAAGCAGGGCAAGGGCCUGCCGGGAGCUCCGCGCAACGCGGAGCAGUUGCUGGACGACAAGCGGGAUCUGGUGCAGCUGAAGCAGCGUUAUCAGGAGUACGCCUUGGUGGAAGAGACUCCGCUGGAGAACGGUGAAUAUGAUGACGAGUACGACGAUAGCUACGAGGCUCUGAACGAAGGUCAAGCACCGCCGAUUAGCCUCCUCCGGUCUAAGCUCCAAGCAACGGCUUCCAAUUCCGCCUAUGAGGCACAGGACCAGGAGGACGACGAUGAUGAGGGCGAGAGCAGUGUCAGCGGCUCAGACGCAGAGCCUGCGAAACGCAACGCAGCUGACUUCUGCGAGAAUCCCGAGGUGACACGGGCCCGUUACCAGCAACGUCAGCUGGCAAAAUACGGUCAUAGGAGUAGUGGCGGAGGCGGUGGGGGUGGACAACAGGCUGGCAGCUCCGUACUGGGCGCACCCAAGGGACAGGGACAAUCCCAACAGACACAGCGCAAUCGUGGACAAAAGGAGGCUCACAAAUCCUCGCGUGCUAAUCACAAUCGGAAGGCUGGAGCGGCCUUUAAGCGAAGCAAGGGUAUGAUGGGAUAAAAAGCAAAUCCAGCUGAAAGCUUAAUAAAAUAAAUGUAUUUAUACGUAGAAAAUGUGUACAUACACUUUUUAAAAUUA